AUGGUUAACUAUAACGAAUGGAUGUCUCAAUUAAACGGGGACGUUAAUGUUGGCCACUUAUCCAUUCCAGGUACACAUAACAGUGCUGCUAGUCAUACUGCCAUGCCUUCGGUCAAAUGUCAAGAUAAAAGUAUUACCGAGCAAUUGAAUAACGGUGUUAGAUUCUUUGAUAUUAGAUUGGGGAAAUUCUUUUUCAAGGAUAAAGAUACUGAUGGUGACGGCCACGACGAUUAUAAUUCCAAUGACCUACAAGUAAUCCAUGGCAAAUUCCCAGUUAAGAUGCCCUUCCCAUUAGAAUUUUCAAAAGUAUUGGAGGAAUUUUAUUCCUUUUUAGAUGAAAACCCAAAGGAAUCUUGCAUUGUUUCAUUGAAACAAGAAGGUUCAAAUUCUUGGGAUAAUGAUAAUGAUGAAUUUGGUAAUUUCAUUUGGAAUAACUAUAUCUCCAAAAAUGAAGACAAAUGGUACUUAAAUAAUCAAUUACCAAAUUUGAAUGACUGUAGAGGUAAGAUCAUCUUGUUCCGUAGAUUCGGUAUUAAGGACGAAAACAAAGCCAACAAUUAUGGGAUCGAGGCUUCAUACUGGUCUUAUAAUACCACUGAUGAAGACCGUGGCUCAUUCAGAGUUCAAGAUUUCUGUGAAAUUAAUGAUAGAGCUGCUAUCGAUCAAAAAGCCGAUCAUGUUAAACAAUUCAUGACUACCGCCACUGAGUAUAAUGGAACACAAAGUUCUAAUCCUAAGUUAUUUCUAAAUUUCUGCUCAGGUGCUAACUUUUUUGAUCACCAAUGUUGGCCAGAAGAAAUUGCCAAUAGAAUAGAAACAUGUGGCAUUCAAGACAAUGUGAAACGUGGUUGUGGUAUUGUUAUUGUCGACUAUGCUGGCAAGAAUGAUUGGAGUAUUGUGAAGAGAAUGGUUGAUUCUAACUUUUAA